AUGGCGGCCAACAGCUACUACCAGAGUGGCUACAGCAGCAAUCCGCCAACCUACGAACAGGUCAAUCCAAACCUACCUCAAUAUCCGGCAACUGGCCAUCCGGGUUUCGAUACACAUCCUUAUCAGCCCACCACUUCCGAUCCUCAGCUUCACUACAGUCAACAAUCACUGGGUUCCGACCAGGGAGCCUAUGCAGCCGGCGCCAGAGUGAACGAAGGCGAACAGUAUGCCGAGAAUAUUCCCUUGAAGGCCAACAACCAGUAUCCAAAUGGCCCUCCGCCGCCCGCGAAUUGGAUGCAACAACAAACGCAUUAUCCGCCGUCGCCGGACGAGAUCGAGCCUGCCAUGCGCCCUGGCGCCCGACGAACACAGAAGAAGGGUUUCUUUGGAAGGAAGAUCGCUUGGGUCACUUAUACUCUCACUCUGAUCCAGAUCAUUGUCUUCAUCGUGGAGUUGGUCAAGAACGCUCAAUUUACGGGAAGCCCGAUCGAAACCAAACCGUCGUUCAAUGUCAUGAUCGGUCCUUCUCCCUACCUUCAGAUCUAUAUGGGAUCUCGAUACACUCCUUGUAUGAAGAAUACACCGGGCAUUCAGAAUGCCAAUGAAACGAUUCUCUUUCCCUGUCCCAACGCGACGACAACCGAGUCUCACUGCACCUUGUCUGAACUGUGUGGUUUCAACGGUGUGCCAAACCCGACGCCCAAUGGAUCGCUGGAUGACCAGCCUGAGCCAAACCAAUGGUUCCGAUUCAUCAUUCCAAUGUUCAUUCACAGCGGGUUUAUUCACAUCGGCUUCAAUCUGCUUGCGCAGAUGACCAUCGGUGUGGCCAUGGAGAAAAUGAUUGGGUGGUGGCGGUAUGCUCUGGUGUAUCUGGCGAGUGGAAUCUGGGGGUUCGUGCUCGGAGGCAACUAUGCCGCUCAGGGUCAGGCAUCAUGCGGCUGCUCCGGAGCACUUUUCGGCAUUCUCGCACUCGAUCUACUGGAUCUAUUAUACAGCUGGCAAGAUCGCCAGUCGCCGUGGGUCGAGUUGAUCAUUAUGGUUCUAGGAAUCGGCGUGUCUUUUGUUCUGGGACUGCUGCCAGGACUGGACAACUUCUCACACAUUGGCGGCUUCACCAUGGGUCUGGCACUGGGACUGUGUCUCUUGAGAUCGCCGAACGCGUUGCGAGAACGUAUCGGACUUGCACGGAACCCGUAUGUGGCCAUGAGCGGUGGCGUGGGCACGGCCACUCCAGAGGAAGGCCAGAAGGUGGUUCCUGCCCCCAGCAUCGUCGACUUCCUCAAGGGCAAGCGCAGCCUGAAAUCAUCCGAGGGCAAAUCGAACCCCAUGAACUUUUUCCGCGGCCGAAAGCCUCUGUGGUGGGCAUGGUGGUUGGUGCGUGUGGGGGCCCUGGUUGCCGUGCUGAUCGGGUUCAUCCUGCUCAUCAUCGAUUUCUACAAAUACCCGAAAUCAAACUGCUCCUGGUGCUACCGACUCAGUUGUCUGCCGAUCAAGGACUGGUGUGAGCAAGGUAACAUCACGACCGACGAGAAUUCUUCUUAA